AUGGCCGAGGCCGUCGUAUCCACGGUCGUCGCCGACCUUGUGGGCAGGGCGAUAUCCCUCCUCGCCGGGAAGCUCCAAGACCGGGGGGCUGUCGAGGGCAAGCUCCGGCGGCUACGGCACCUCGUGGUCAAGCUCGAGAGCGUGGUGGACGCCACCGAUGCGAAGCGUAUCACGAGCCGAGCGCUUCUGGAGUGGCUCUCGGAGCUCGUUGGCGCCGCGCACCGAGGGCGCUACUUCCUGGACGCGUCCGGGGGCAGGGCGGUCGAGGUAACGGACGAGGACGAUGACGAUGACGACGGCCAUGCCGGAGGCGAGCCGCGCCGGUCUUUGUUUUUACCAAGCUCGUUCAACGCCGCCAAGCGCGUGCGCGUCGCGGCAAGGAGGACGCUGUUCCGCGGUGGCGGUGGCGGCGGUGGCGAGCUCGACGGCGUCCUCGCGGACAUGGAGAGCGUGUCCAACGAUCUUGCCGAGUUCAUCAUGCUGCUGCAGUGCUGCCCGCCGGCGCUGCACCGGCCGCUGGCCACGAACAUCUACGCUGACUGCCAGGUGUUCGGCAGGCACCUCGAGAGGCGCCGUGUCAUUGACUUCUUGCUGCACGACGAAGGCGCUGCCGGCGUCGGCGAGCUAGGCGUUCUUCCCAUAAUCGGGCGCGCCGGCCUCGGGAAGACGACCCUUGUGCAGCACGUCUGCGACGAGCCCGCGGUGCGCCUCGCUGAUCAUGCUGGUGGACUUCCACUGCAUGAGCCUCACGGCACCAGCCUCGGCGCCGCCGGCGAGCAGCUGAGGCCCCUCGAACGGAAGCUGCGCGGCGAGAGGUUCUUGGCCGUGUUCGACAACGUCGACCCGCGCAAGAAGUGUGUGAUAGACGCCAUCAUGCCGGCCCUGCGGCGCGGCCGGACAGGGAGCAGGAUCAUCGUGACCGGCAGCGACAAGCACGUCGUGGACCUCGGCACGACGGAGCCGAUUAUCUUGCGGCCGCUGCCGCCGGAGGAGUACUGGUUCUUCUUCAAGGCGCACGCGUUCGGCGGCGCGGACGACGCCGAGGCGGACCCGCGGCUGGCGGCGGCGGGCCAGGCCAUCGCCAAGAGGCUGCGAGGGUCCUUCUUCGGCGCCAAGGUCGUGGGCGCACUGCUGAGGUCCCGCCCGGACCACAGGCUGUGGCGCCGGGUGCUGGCGGUCAGCCACGCCGAGUCUUCGUGGUUUGGCCAUGGCGGCUAUGUAGAAGACACGGCCGGCAGCCUCCUCCCUCCGCACGUGACGGUGCGCGGCGUCGCUGUCUCUGGCUCGCCAGUGAGAGGGCUCGUCGGCCUCCAAGACGCCACUUUGACAGCUCCCGCUGAUGCUGAUGGCGGCGGCGGCCGGCUGGAAUUGCCAGUGCUGCUUUGCAAGUCGGUCUUCCCCUCCUACUGCCUGUACUACACCGCUUAUUGCACGAUCGAUACGGAUAGCAAACAGUAA